AAACCACACAUUAUCUCCAACGUUCGAAAUAUACACACAUAUGACCACAGACCAAUAAUCAGUAGUUGAGAACUCUGCUGAAUGAUGAGGUUGUCCGUGAAUCAUAAGAUGCUACAGCUUACAUAGUACCAACAACAAACGGAUAAACCAGCUUUCUUCAGUGAGCAACACUUAUUCUUCACAUACAAGGCUAAGCUACUCUGGGUUCUUCAUUUCCCUCCCAGCAUCCCUAGUCUGUAGCAUCUAGUGGUUUUAGGGGAAUCGUGAUGGCUUUUGCUAGUAGAAUUUCAACAUGCCUACAAAAUUCCACAUUUGGGGAAACUCAGCUUGGGUUAAACAAAGUAAAAGUUUUAGUACCUUCGAGAAAAUGGUCAGUCGUCUGCAAGCUAAAGGACCGACUCCCAGUUGUCUUGACUGCACAUAGCGCUCCUACAAAAAAUAUAAAACCCUCAAAAGAUUCAAAUUCAGCUCAAAAGAAAUUGAUCAAGAAGGUGGGGAAGCAAGAACACCACUUGUGGAGUAAAAGAGAUUCUUCUGGUUCUGGACAAAAAGCACUUAACCUUGUCCGUAUUGUAUCAGGACUCCCAAAUGAGAAAGAAGCUGUUUAUGGAGCAUUAGAUAAAUGGACAGCUUGGGAAACAGAGUUUCCAUUAAUAGCUGCAGCUAAGGCUCUACAAAUCCUAAAGAAGAGGAAUCAGUGGACUCGAGUAAUACAAGUUGCCAAGUGGAUGCUGGGGAAAGGUCAAGGAAUGACAAUGGGAACUUUUGACACCCUCUUACUAGCAUUCGACAUGGAUGGCAGGGUAGAUGAAGCAGAAUCAUUCUGGAACAUGAUUUUACAUACACACACUCGCUCAAUAUCGAAGCGUUUAUUUUCAAGAAUGAUAUGGUUAUACGAUCACCACAAUAAACCAGAUAAGGUUAUAGAGGUAUUUGCUGACAUGGAGGAAUUAGGUGUAAAACCAGAUGAGGAUACAACCAAAAAAAUUGCGCAUGCCUUUCAAAAACAAGGUCAAGAAGAUAAGCAGAAGGAAGUCCUUAAAAGAUACCUGGGUAGAUGGAAGUACAUCCACUUUAAUGGUGAACGGGUUAGAGUAAAAAGAGCCCUGUGGAACGAAUGAUCGGGAAAGAGCUAUGUAAAUGUGGAUUAAGAUAUUAACAAGAAGUACACAUCUGGGUCUACUACCCGGAUGUUCUUACAGGUUAGAUGAUUAAAUAGUUGCUUCAGGUAAAUAUUAUGAUUGGAAUUAUAGUAAUUAUUCAAAUGGGAUCCUCUACUCAAUAUUACACCUGCCAGAAAGAAACUGUACAGCAGGACUGUUUGCACAUGAUAUUAACUGGACAUGCGAAUACGCUGGUCUUGGAAAUAAUUGUUUAAUGCAGUAGUUUCAUCAA